CAACCCACCCUAAUCUUGAGCUAUCAGCUCACCACCGCAUCCUUGCAGAGUCAUUCCCUCAUCCGGGACGCCCUCCUCUGGAGACUGUAUCCUCCCACGCCGCUGAGCUGCCUCGCUGCUUCUUGGGAACCCCGUUAUGUCGGCUUCGGGUGUGCUGCGGGUGAGCCAGGCAAGACUUCCCGAACCCACCAUUAUCUCAUGGCCGCGAUUUCGUGCGCAUCUGAGAGACGGUAUGCUCAUCCUUGCGCCGCACUCGGGCGAUGCCACCAAGUUGUCAUCUCUUGUCCUCACCACAAGUGAGUAUGUCAUCGAGUCCAAAGCCUUUGGUCCCGAGAAAGAACCCAUCCUCGUUCUCGUCAGGCGCAGGGAUGCCUCGCACGCUCAUGUCUCGCGCUCAGUGUCGUCGCCCUCACUCCAGGGUGAAGCCCAGACGCCUGCAGUUGUGUAUCUAGCGUGCGAUCCAUUCUCAUCGACCGCGUCAUGGGAGACAGAGCUUGGCCUUUCGCAGCUUUCUUCAGACCUCGCAUCGCAGCGGUCGUCGCGGCUCUCUUCUCGCCCGCGAUCGCAUGCCGACUCUGGCGGACUGGUGUCAAGUCCGUCCGGCGCCGGGCAUCUUUGUACCGUCGAGCCCAUGCUGGCCAAGACCAGCCUUCUCAGUCCACGCCGUGGAUGGACCAUCCAGUCGACAGCUUCGAGCUCAACUGCCAUCACCAGCUCGUCGGCAUCGUACGUGUCGGGCCACACGGUGUGGCGGCCGUCGCUCAAUGCAUAUCCAAUUGUUCGCGAGGAACCAAAGAUGCUGCUUGCCUGGUACCGGCUGCACUUUAUCACCCGGGCGCACGCCAACUUUGUGGCUCACAGCUCGACGGCUGGACCUGUCGUCAUGUCGGUUUGCCGGAGCCACACCUUCGAAGUCCGCGCCAUUGUCUGGUUGCCGGGCGCCACGCAUCGGUUCACUGCCGUCGCAUCGAAGACCUUCCGCUCAUUUCGCAGUGAUCUCCGCAUUGCGCUUGACGCGUACGGCUUGGGCCAGGGUAUUGGCUCAGAGCUCGAGUGGCGGGCUUCGUCUGAUGAGCGCCUCUUGGCCGAGCUUGUUGCGCUCGAGGACACCGAGUUUGUGCGGUGUCUCGAUGUGGCGGUCAUGCUUGCCCCACAGGCGGCGGUCACGGUCUCUGACGCCCUGCACACUGUGCCGAGCGGGGCCAUCGCUGCAUCCUUUGAGGCCUUUGUCUCAUCCAUCGGCACCCGCGUCCCGCUCGCUACCUGGGACGGCUACACUGGCGGCCUCACCUCGCGCCAUGCCGACAUGGGCGUCUUUGCCGCCGUCCACUCAACCGACACCAUGUUCCGGGUCCUUCCGUACCUCAUGCCGGACGCGCGCGAGGACAUGCUUGCCUCGUCUGAUGCUGUCGUCGUCUUUCUCUCUGACGCCCACACUACCUUUACCUUACCCUCCAGCAAGUCACGGACACUCCCGCGCAUCUUUGCUGCCGUCGCGCCACACCCCUCGGUCCCGGACCUAUGGCUCUACCAGAUCGCCCGGACUUCGGAUAUUCCGGUCUUUGGCGUCGUCCCGCACUCGGAUGCACACUUUCGCGGCGCAGCCUUUGCCCACGACCUCAUCAUCGAUCUCUCCAACGCUGUUGCCGCGUUUCGACGGACGCCGUCGCAGCGUGAGGCGGCGUUUUUGAGCCUCGCCAACCUGCUCAGCGAUCCGGACCUCGCGGUCUCAUCGACGCGGCGCGGCGUUGCGAUGCCGGCCAACGUCGACUUGACUCUGCCGCCUUUGCUCGGCUCCGGCGUGAGCGGAGCGAUGCGGCGGGCCGUCGCUCCGCUUGCUGUUGCCCGUGACUCGCUCUCGACCGUGACGUUGUCCAAGGCUAACACGCCGUUUGGCAGCAACGUCAUCGCCUGGGACGCUUGGCGCAACGGCGGUGCUGUCUACUCGACCGCUUCCGGUGUGUUCUCUCUGCCAUCACCACACGGACAAGUUCGCAUCCUCGUCUCUUCCGCAGCGAGUCAGGUCGCGGUCAUCGACAUCCUCGACAUUGCUCUCGUGCGGUUCCAGCGGAAGCGGCUCGGCGUGGCGUACGUCCAUCUCGACUCGAUCGGCGACCCGGUCCUGUGCCCCAUUCCCGACUCGCGGGCGGCCACAUGCUUUGCCAUCCACUCUCCGUCGCCGUCGUCGUUCCAGGUCUGCGUCGCGGUCAAGUCCUCCAUCAACAUCUUCCGCUGGGACGCAAUCCACUUUGUUCCACACCUCGUCAUCGAGCUUGACGCCACCCCACAGGUUGUCACCUUUCUUUCAUCUGGCCUGCUUGCCGCCGCUUUUGAUUCUGCCUUUGCCAUCCUGUCGCCGACUUUGGGCAGCUACACGCCCAUCCGGACCGCAAGUAUCGUCGGGCCAAAGCCUGGUGCCCGUCCGCAUCCUUCGAUCUUGCUCGAGGUCUCUGUCACUGGCGCUGCCUCACAUCUCCUUGUUACAUCGGGCUGUACCUCGCUGCUUGUCGACUGCGAGACGGCAAUGCCAAUGGACCCAGCCGUCGUUUUGCGUUGGAGCUUUGCCCCGCUCGCUCUUGCUGCACUCGACUACUUUGUCAUCGGCGUCUCGCAGAGUCACGUCCAGCUCCGCUCUCUCCGCAAUGGCACCCUCAUCCACAAUCUGACCUGCCCGACGCCGCUGCAGCUGCUCUCCGCCAAAAAUGCGCCCACUGUCCUAGCUGGAUCGAAUCAAGAUGCUCGCCUCUACCUCGUCGAGGCCUGCGAGCAGCAAUACUCUGAUCCCGAGAUGGCUGCUCUGGCCAUGUCAGCGACCUCUGUGUCACGCCUCCACAGCUCGGCUGGAUUGACAACGUCGACCGACGGCUCCCUGUCAUCAUCGCAGGCCAAGGCUCCUUCGCUCGUUGCGCCGCGCCUGCCGCCCAAGUCGACUUUGGGGAUCUCGAGUGCACCCAUCCCGCCGUCACGGCCCACCCACGACAUGUGGAACUCGCGAUCGUCGCAACACAUGACAUCCGAGACGUCUGAGGCGCUGUUUUCCGGAAACAGCACCAGCUCGCCGCUCACCGCCAAAAGUCGCCAGAUCAGCGACAUCCUUUGCCAGCAAGCCGCUAAGGACGCAAACAGCACCCCGAGCUCACCGCGAGCCGCGUCCACCUCGGAUGUUGUCUCUGCGAACAGCUCGCCGCGCCAGUUGUCGACUCCGAGCCUCUCGCACCGCGACCACCAUGGGAGCAUCACUCACAUCCUCGUCCACUCGGAGUCGACGUGCAUCACAGCUCUCGCGGACCUAUCCCUCGACUCCAACUCGGCGUCAAGCUCGUCGAGCUCGAGUUCGACGUCGAUCUCAUCGUCGAGCGCAGCUAGCCCGCUCUCUUACUCGAUCACACAUUCGACGACGUCCGCGCGCCUGUCGUCGCCUGCACCCUCGGCCACCUCCUCGACCACGGUCUCGCCAUCGUUCUCCUCGUCGGCGAGCCUGGGCAUCACCGUCGAUACAUCCUACGGACUCUUCCCACACUACUCUGACUCGGCGGAUGGCGACUCGUCUUCGUCGUUCUCCUCCUCAUCGUCACCAUCGUCGCCGUCACGAGCGGACUUUUCAAUGUCGAGCACGUCAUCGUGCUUGCCGACCUCGCCUUCGCGCACCAGGGCCUCAGCCGCUUUCUCGCCGGCCGUCGUUAUGUAUGAGAGCUCGCUUUCACUUGCGCCUGCCCACGAUUCAGGCGACCAUGAGUCAUGUCAACUCUCAUCAUCCUCCUCGACGAGCCUUUCCUCGCCGCAGUACGCUCUCAGCCACACCUUUACCUCAAUUCCGCUCCUCACCUCAUCGCUCUCGACUUCAGUUGCACGCCUGUCUGUCUCCACCGAGAUCUCCUAGCCGAUCACGACACGCUUUCUCGCACCAUAUUUGGUUGGAAAGCCUGCGGGAGCAGACGAUUGCUACUUGUACACGCAGCAGGUGUUGAGGUUGCCGACCGACGUGGUUUUGCUUGGCGAGCGUGGGAGGCUGCUGCGGAAGACAGCUGCCAUCGCUCUCUCCUCGUGCAUCCUCACCCCUUAUCUUGUAUUGCUUGCGAGGACGAGGGUGGCUACUCCGUACCGUGAAAGGUCAAAGCAAGGAGAGCCGCUACUUGGCUGUGACGUGCCUCGUGCGGUGCGGCUGUGGGCGGAUUUUGUCGAGAAUCACAGCAGAAUCAGCCGGGACACCUUAAAUUGGCAGUUGAUUGGA